CAAGAGUCGACGCGGGGAAGGGAGGGCGGAGACAGUUGUUUAUAUUCGUGUGGCUGUAAUUCGUCAACUCGUCUAGUGAGCUUGGAGCAAGAUUCACUAUUUCAACCUAGUUGGACGACUAGGUAACAACAUCUAUAUAAAUAGCGGAAAAUAAUGGAUUUUUGAAUAGAUAUAGGAUUUGAUUUGCCCAAUAAGUCCAUGGAUCAGGGAAAGGAGUGUACAACAUAUUUGAAUAGAAUCUCCUUAUUUAUGUGAUUUUAAAAGGAGGCGAAAAAUAAGAAGGUAGCCUAGAUUAUGAAAUAAGAACGUUAUUUCACAAAGGAAGCAAAAGCUACAGAAACACGGCGGCAACAUAAGAUAGGAUAAAGCGACAACAGGCGCAGCAGAGUGGUGAUCUGGCCAGUGCGCGAUGUUUGGAAUGAUAAAGAAUACAAUUUUCGGGAACACCGAAGAAACGGACUACAAAUUGCUCAGCAGCGAGACCAAGGUAGGAUACACAUUGACAUAAAUUAAGUGUGUGUGUCUGUCAGUCAAGCAUUGCAUCACUUGAUCUCGCGCGCCACUGUACACCUCCGUCUUGUUUGGUGCAUAAAACAACUGUCUGGUCAUUACAGACAGAUCUCUUCAGUAUCUCGCUCAUAUUUUUUUAUUCUAAGAAAUGUUUAAUUUGUUAGUCACUGAUUGCAGUGAAACUAGCCUACUGGCCCCAAACCUUCCAUGGCCCCAGCCUACCAUGAUCUCAAGAAAAAUCCAUUUUGAAUAUCAGUAGGCCUAUGUAUUAUGCAUUUUAAGGGUUCUGUAAUACCAAUACCUUUAAAGUGUUUGACCUUUUGAAACCAACCAUUAUUAAUUACACCUUACCUCCUGGCACCUGUGACCUCAUAGUAGGGGGUGGGGGCAGAUCUGUGUGUGUUCCCCAUGACCUCAGUAGUGGCACCACUGUGUAUACUGAUACACUGACCAUACCUCAUUAAGAGUUUGACAUAAUACUGAGGUCCUUGAAGGCAAGGUUGUGUUCUCUGAGAGAGACAGCCAGAUAGCGACAUAUCAUUUUUGAGGUUGGUUGGUUGGGAAAAGGUUUGGUGAAACUAGUGAUGUACGAGCUUCCAUAUAAUUUACUUGUGCACCCUGACAGAGUUCUUAAUCAAAUACCUUUGAGAUGAGACAAAGCCAGACAGAUGAAAGCAAAGACGACUGCCAGAUCAAUUGACAGAGAGUGUGGAAUCAAGUGACACUGACAGACACAUCUACAGACAUUGGCCUGACAAAGAGACUGAUCAUGAAUCUGGAACUACUUCAAUUGAUAACAGGCAACCAGAAGACCAAAAACACUGUAUGAAGAAUAUGAAAAAGAGAGACUUUGUAUCAAUAGUGUCACGAUCGUUGAAUGACGGGUUAGACCAAGGCGCAGCGUGACAUGUUUAUUUACUGAUAAACACCAAUACAAAACAACAAACUAAACAAAACGUGAAGUCCAAGGUAGCGCACACACAACAUACCUUACACGGAACAAGAACCCACUAGUGCCAAUAGGCUGCCUAAGUAUGAUCCCCAAUCAGAGACAACGAGCGACAGCUGCCUCUGAUUGGGAACCACACCGGCCAACAUAGAUAUACACCUACUAGAAAAACAACAUAGAACAUACACAACAAAGAAUAUACACACCCUGACUCAACAUAUAAGAGUCCCCUGAGUCAGGGCGUGACAAAUAGGCACAUGAGUGGCCAUUAAAUAGGCGAUAGACAGGCUAUUGACAGUUUUGAAGUCAGUCAGUGCUAAAUCUGUUAACUUCUCACACGGACACCCAAGCAGAGUUGAAGUUGAGUCUGAAACCGUACCCUCUUACUUAAAACUGACAUUGAAUACAGAUGAACUGUCUGUCUGCACAUGCUCAGACGCGCGCGCACACGCACACGCACACACACACACACACACACACACACACACACACACACACACACACACACACACACACACACACACACACACACACACACACACACACCUUGGUGGGCCCUCAUAUUUCAGGGCUUACAAAUGGAAGGAGGUGGCUUUAAAGCUGCAAUCCUUAGUUGCUAUAUCAAUUUUUUGACUUAUAAAUGAAUGAUAUAUACCCAUUGAUUCUUGAAGAAUAUAACGUAAAUGCCUCAUGAGCUUAGUUCAACUGUCGUACCCUCAACUGUCGUACCCCAUCACCCCAAUGUUUGUAAACGACAUAAAUGUAAACAAACACUGUAUAGCCUAAAAACAUGGUUAAAGCUAUAAUUUUGAAAUCAUGGAUGGUCAGUCCUUGCAUCCAUCUCUCUGUCUAUGACUUUGAGAGAGGUUACAUUUCUCCAGGCCCAUCCCUUAGCUUUUUACUAAAACAGAGGCGGGUGUUAUUGUUUCAACUAAGGAUUCUAACUUUAAACGCUAUUCUUUUUAAUUUCAUGUUUUUUGUUCUCCACAGUAUUGAUAUUACGCAAUGUUUUAAUUCCUCUGAAAUUAUCUUACUUGGCACAAUGCAUUGUUUAGUAAUGACAAGACAUUUAAUUAGAUGGACAAGUUGACAGCACAAUAUGCUUAUUAUAUAAUGACAGCACAUUAUCCAUUUCUUGAUACACAAGACAUGCUCAUACUCCAAGCCAACUGAAUGGUUAUAGAAGCCAUAGUUGUCAUGUAAGAUUCAAAUGUCAACUUCUCUCUGUAAGAGGUUUACAAACUUCACAUGACAUUGAGUGGUGACAUUCAAACUAAUUAAAACCAUUUGUUUAAAAGUUAGAGAAAGAAAGAGAGUGGGUUGAAUAUGAAAUGAAUCGCUAAUAUUCGCACAUCCACAAUAAUUAUGGCCCACGUCUACCCAGCUGAGACACAGAGUAAUUAUAUACAGAGGUUGCAGGAUUCCAGCUAAGUACACACACUAAUUGCACCUUUAGACUGAACUCAGGAACAAAGUGUUCAAGUAUUGCUGUUGGAACAUGUCAUCUACAUGUAUUGUUAAUGUUGGUCACAGUGACAUACACAGUGAGCUCCAAAAGUAUUGGGACAGUGAAUGUUGUUGUAGUUUUGGCUCUGUACUCCAGCACUUUGGAUUUGAAAUGAUAGAAUGACUAUUAGGGUAAAGUGCAGACUGUGUGCUUUAAUUUGAGGGUAUUUUCAUCCAUAUCGGGUGAACCGUUUAGAAAUUACAGCACUUUUUGUACAUAGUCCCCCCAUUUUAGGAUACUUUUAUUGUAAAUAAGAAUAUAAUGUUUCUAAACACUUGUACAUUUUCUCGCUCAUCAUUAUUCACGAUUCAUUCAGGAUGAUCCGUAAUCAUGGUAGCAUCCACAUUAAUGUAGAAGUGUAGAAACAUAUUCUAUGCUUAUUUACAAUAAAAGUGACUCCAAAAUGACACAAUACAUUAUUUACCAUUCAUUUCUAUUGGGCACAAAAUAAUCUAAAACACACCCAAAACAAACAACAAAUGCAUCUAACAAAUUUGUAGUCACAAGCUUAAUGUAGUCAUUGCGUGCUAUGAAUAUGGGACCAAAUACUUAACUUUUUACUACUUUAAUACACAUAUAAGUGAAUUUGUCCAAAUACUUUUGGUCCCCUAAAAUCGGCCUACUAUGUACAAAAAGUGCUGUAUCUAAAUGGUUCACCCAAUAAGGAUGAAAAUACCCUCAAGCUGACAGUCUGCACUUUAACCUCAUAGUCAUUGUAUCAUUUCAAAUCCAAAGUGCUGGAGUACAAUGCCAAAACAAAACAAAAUGUGUCACUGUCCCAAUACUUUUGGAGCUCACUGUCAGAAGCACUAUGAACAAGUUCUUGACAUCCCAAUUAGACCAGCUGGAGUAAAAUAAACCUUUUAGCUACAAACCUUUUAGUUAAUCAGCAAUACAGUUCAAUCAAUACAAUUAAUCCCAUAUCAAUAUUGUUGCUAGGGCCAAGACGAUACCAGAGAUGCCUGUUCAGUGAUACUUGUUAGUGACGAGGCAAGGCAAGGCAACAAAACACGAAGCAGAUAUAACUUCUUUAUGAAAACAGCCCUAAUGUUGGAAACAAACAUCAUUAUGUUGUCAUCCAGUCACAUUUAUUUAUUUUCCAAACUAUAGCACACAAUAUUUCAAAUACAGCAGGUUUUUAAAGAACCAAAGAGUUUAGUCAGCUUUGUUUUCAUUUUUGCCAUGAAAAAAGUAUUGCUAUACUGGUAUCAUCACAGCCCUAAUUGUUGCCUUCUAUGUAUUUACAGCCCUAGUUUUAAAUAGAGUUUUCAGUGCAUAAUCUAGUAUUUCCAUUGCAUUAUAUGUAGUCAUGUAGCAGGCAUUCUUAUUCCGCGUGAGUGAUUUACAACACAAGGGAUAACUUAGUGGAAUGGGUCUAAUUACAAAAUUAUUUGCUUUAAAUAAUGUGACCAUUGAGGUCCCUUUCAGUGGAACACAUUUACUCAAGACUGGUUAUGGAGUGUGUGAAACGUAACAUUCCUCUGUUAUUUAAUGGUUGAUGUUUCUCAGCAUUACCUCUUAGGUCAAGUACAUCAUAGCAUGUAUAAGAACAGGCAGCAAGUCAGUGAGUGUGUGCCCCUAUGGUCUGGCCUUAUGUAAGAACAGGCAUCUCUGUCCCAUUAUUCUCUUUAGACUUCAUUAAACCCUAUGGGGCCCUGAGAGCAGGGCAGGAAAGAACUGGAAUCAAAUCAGCGUAAUAUGUUUGAUCUAGAUCCUUUUCUGGGGGCAUUUGGCUGUCCUCUGUUCGUUUCCACUCCAAGUGUUUCACCGGCAUCAGUGAGCACAGAUUCUGCCCAUUGCAUAUCGCCAAUCACAGCCCCACCUCCCUCUAACCCCCCAGUAGUGUGUGGCUUCCUUCCCUCUGAACAGUUUGUCAACAUGUGUUUCAUUGGUGAAUCACAUUUGGCCUCCCGCUCUCUUCCCCAGGAGGGGGUCAGCUACGAAGUGCGGAGGUACGAUGGUGCAAAGUAUGCCUCAGUGAGCUCAGAGGGGCGGACCUUUGACCAGGUGACGGGGGAGCUAGUGAGGAAGCUGCUCGUGUACAUUGGGGGUAGCAACGACCAAGGUGAGCCAAUCAGAGAGCAGGGCCUGUCCUGUCAGUCAGUGGCCCUAAACUCAGAAAGGUCUAGGGGCUCGGCUCAAUCUGUAUUGCUGAUGUUCAGUACUAUAGAGCAAUUAAAAUUUGAAGGUAAUUUCCAAUUGAGCCGACAUAUGCAGCGUUUACUAUGACUGCAGUCUCCACGAAUGCAGAAACAUUGCCUUUAAAUUUAUAUCGCGCUGUAGCACAGCUCUUCAGUGCUACGGAUUGAAUCGAGCCACAGAUGUAAUGUGCAUAUCUGAAAGUAUUGCAUUGAUGUAAGCAAGCAAUAUGUUGAAAACUCUUCCUAGUCUACCAGAGGGUUAGAUAGUGUUUCAGAUCUUCAAGGGUGACUGAAGAAGUGUCUACUCUGUUUGAUGCUAGAGGUCAGUUUGAAACUGGGCCUAAGAGGCAAUGAACUCGAUCAAAUCAAAUCAAAUUUUAUUUGCCACAUGCGCCGAAUACUUACUUACAAGCCCUUAAACCAAUAAUGCAGUUUUAAUAAAAAUAAAAGUGUUAAGUAAAAAAUAGAUAAGUAAAAAAUACAUGUGGGUAAAGUUAAAGUGACGAUGCAUAAAUAAUAAACAGAGUAGCAGCAGCAUAAAAUAGGGGGUUGGGGUGGAGGGGGGGGGGGGCAAUGCAAAUAGUCCGGGUAGACAUGAUUAGCUGUUCAGGAGUCUUAUGGCUUGGGGGUAGAAGCUGUUAAGAAGCCUUUUGGACCUAGACUUGGCGCUCCGGUACACAUAAUAACACUGUUGCAGUAAGUUGUUUGCCAUCCCAUCUAUCUGUCCUCUGUAUCUUUUCUUUCCAAGGGGAGGCAAUGGGGACGACAGCACCGGUUAUCAUCACAGUGUAUCCCAGGGACGAUGGUGUGAUGUCACGCCGUUUGGUGGUUAGCCUCAGGAUUCCCACCAACUACCAAGUCAGUCCCCCUGUGCCCACCGACAGUGCCAUCAGGAUCGAGGAUCGACCCGGCAUGACUGUCUACUCACUGUGGGUGUCUCCAUGCAGUCUUCACCUUCCCUGACAAGCACAUGCCAUCAUUUCUUAUGCACAUUUUAGAAUUCAUGGGCAUAAAAAAAACCUCACUUUGUUCUUUAAUUCUUUACGAUAAAAAAUGUACUUUAAUAUUAAUAGUUUAUUUGAUUACAUAUCCUCUUUCUCUCUCCUUUCCAACCCACCUCACCUUUCUUUUCACAGGCAGUUUGGAGGCUUUGCAGGGGAGACUGAGUAUCGGGCAGAGGCCUCUCGCCUAACCAAAACUCUGGGUGAGACUGCCCCCUUUCAGAGGAAACAGUACUUCUGCUGCACCUACAACCCGCCAAUGAAACCCUACGGCCGACGCAACGAGGUGUGGUUCCUACAGGAGGAGCCAUAAGGGCAGCAUUAUUAAGACCGACUCUUAAUAAUAGUCUAUAGUCGCUUCCUCUCAUCCUCUCCUCUCCUUAGUCUUCACUGAUUACUCCACAUCUUGAUCUUCAUCCCAAAACAAUAGGAUGUGUGAAAAUAAUGGGAUUUGUUUUCAAAUCAGUGCAAAUGAAGGA